AUGUCGUCAAACUUUCCUGUCUGUCUUGAUGCUUCCUGUCUCUGUCCCUCAUCGUAUUCCAUCUCUCUCUUGAUCUGCAUUCCCUCUCUGCCUUUCAUCAAUUCCUGUCUCUGCCAGGGUACGCUACUUGCCUCUACUUUGCACCCCCCUGACGACAAUGCUACACGACUAGCUCUCUCUCUCUCUCUCAUUCAAGGAUUCUUGCCUCUUUCUCCUACACAAUCUGAGUACCUCUUUCUCUCACUUACUCAAGCAAUGCUUCUUGUUAGACUCUCUCACUCAGCCAACGCUACUUGUCAGUCUCUCACCCAACGCUACUUGUCAGUCUCUCACCCAACGCUACUUGUCAGUCUCUCACCCAACGCUACUUGUCUCUUUCUCUCACACUCAACGCUUCUUGUCUCUUUCUCUCACACUCAACGCUUCUUGUCUCUUUCUCUCACACUCAACGCUUCUUGUCUCUUUCUCUCUCACACAACGCUAUUUCUCUGUCACUCUCUCAAACUCUCCCAACAAUUCUUGUCUGUCUUUUUCUCUCACCCAACGCUUCUUGUGUGUCUCUCUCUCACCCAACGCUUCUUGUGUGUCUCUCUCUCACCCAACGCUUCUUGUGUGUCUCUCUCGCACCCAACGCUUCUUGUGUGUCUCUCUCGCACCCAACGCUUCUUGUGUCUCUCUCUCGCACCUAACGCUUGUUGUGUGUCUCUCUCUCAUCCAACGCUUCUUGUCUGUGUAUGUGUCACUCUAACCCAACGCUUCUUCUCUCCCUCUCACUCGGUGCUUUUUUCUCUUACUCAGCGACUUUUGUCUCUCUCACUCGGCGCUUCUCGAUUCUCUCUCUCUCACUCAACGCUUUCUGUCCCCACUCUCUCUCUCUCUCUCUCUCUCUCACUCAACGCUUUCUGUCCCCCACUCUCUCUCUCUCUCUCUCUCUCAAACGCUUUCUGUCCCCACUCUCUCUCUCCUCAACGCUUUCUGUCCUCUCUCUCCUCAACGCUUUCUGUCCCACACUCUCUCUCUCAACGCUUUCUGUCACACUCUCUCUCUCAAGGCUUUCUGUCACACUCUCUCUCUCUCAAGGCUUUCUGUAACACUCUCUCUCUCUCAAGGCUUUCUGUAACACUCUUUCUCUCUCAAGGCUUUCUGUCACACACUCUCUCAAGGCUUUCUGUCACACACACUCUCUCUCUCUCUCUCUCGCUCAAGGCUUUCUGUAACACUCUCUCUCUCAAGGCUUUGUCACACCCUCUCUCUCUCUCAAGGCUUUGUCACACUCUCUCUCUCUCAAGGCUUUCUGUCACCUCUCUCUCUCUCAAGGCUUUCUGUACACCUCUCUCUCUCUCUCAAGGCUUUCUGUCACACUCUCUCUCUCAAGGCUUUCUGUCACACUCUCUCUCUCUCAAGGCUUUCUGUCACUCUCUCUCUCUCUCAAGGCUUUCUGUUACACUCUCUCUCUCUCUCAAGGCUUUCUGUUACACUCUCUCUCUCUCUCAAGGCUUUCUGCUUUCUGUCACCUCUCCCUCUCUCUCAAGGCUUUCUGUCACCUCUCUCUCUCUCUCAAGGCUUUCUGUCACACUCUCUCUCUCUCUCAAGGCUUUCUGUCACACUCUCUCUCUCUCUCAAGGCUUUCUGUCACACUCUCUCUCUCUCUCAAGGCUUUCUGUCACACUCUCUCUCUCUCUCGGCUUUCUGUCACUCUUUCUCUCUCUGCUUUCUGUCACUCUUUCUCUCUCUCUCUCAUUCAUUCAACGCUUUUUUCUGUCUCUCUCUCAAAAGGCUUUCGCUUUUCUCCUCUUUUCUCUCUCUCUCUCUCUUGCCAAACGCUUCUUUUCUCUCUCUCUCUUGCCAAACGCUUCUUUUCUCUCUCUCUCUUGCCAAACGCUUCUUUUCUCUCUCUCUCUUGCCAAACGCUUCUUUUCUCUCUCUCUCUUGCCAAACGCUUUUUUCUCUCUCUCUCUUUCUCUCUCUGGCUUUUCUCUCUCUCUCUCUCUCUCGCUUUUGUCUCUCUCUCUCUUGCAAACUUUCUUUUUUCUCUCUCUCUCUUUCUCAACGCUUUCUUUUCUCUCUCUCUCUUGCCAAACGCUUUUUUCUCUCUCUCUUGCAACGCUUUUUUUCUCUCUCUCUCUUGCCAAACCUUCUUUUCUCUCUCUCUCUCUCUUUCAACGCUUCUUUUCUCUCUCUCUCUCUGCCAAACCUUUUUUCUCUCUCUUCUUGCCAAACGCUUCUUUUCUCUCUCUCUCUUGCCAAACACUUCUUUUCUCUCUCUCUCUUGCCAAACGCUUCUUUUCUCUCUCUCUCUUGCCAAACGCUUCUUUUCUCUCUCUCUCUCUCUCUCUCUCGCCUUCGCUUCUUUUCUCUCUCUCUCUCUCUCUCUCUCUCGCCAAACGCUUCUUUUCUCUCUCUCUCUCUCUCAUCAAACGCUACUUUUCUGUCUCUCUCUCUCUCUCUUUCUCUCUCUCAAGGCUUUCUGUCCUCUUUCUCUCUCUCUCUCUCAAGGCUUUCUGUCCUCUUUCUCUCUCUCUCUCUCUUCAAGGCUUUCUUUUCUCUCUCUCUCUCUCUCAAACCUUCUUUUCUCUCUCUCUCUCUCUCAUCAAACGCUUCUUUUCUGUCUCUCUCUCUCUUCUCUCUCUCAUCAAACGCUUUUUUCUCCCUCUCUCUCUCUCCCUCUCUCUCUCUCGCCCAACGCUUUCUGUCUGUCUCUCUCUCUCUCUCUUUCUGUCUCUAUCGCCCUGCGUUUUAUUUCUCUCUCUCUCGCCCAACGCUGUCUCUCUCUCUCUCGCCCAACGCUGUCUCUCUGUCUGUCUGUCUCUCUCUCGCCCAACGCUGUCUGUCUCUCUCUCGCCCAACGCUGUCUGUCUCUCUCUCGCCCAACGCUGUCUGUCUGUCUGUCUCUCUCUCUCUCUAUUGCCCAAUGCUUUUUAUAUAUCUCUCUAUCACCUAACGAUUUCUCUCUCUCACACUAUUCCCUUUUAA